GGGAGGGACUGCCGGCCCUGGGGCCUCGCAAGCCCAGCUCUGCCUCCAGAGGAGGAGGAGGAGGAGGAGGAAGAGGAGGAGGAGGAGGAUGGGUCCGUCCCCCCAGCCCUUGCCCGGCUCCAUGUCCCGCUCAGCACCGACACCAUCCUCAUCCUCACCGCACGGGAAUGAAGGAGCAGAAUCUGGGCUGCCAGGUCAGGAAAGGGGGAUUUAAACUUUGGGGCAGAUGAAAAAGCUCUGAAAAGAUUGAAGAAGCUCUGAAGAUAUUGAGGAAGCUCUGAAGAGACUGAAGAAGCUCUAAAGAUAUUGAAGAAGCUCUGAAAACAUUGAAGAAUCUCUGAAGAUAUUGAAGAAGCUCUGAAGGUAUUGAAGAGGCUCUGAAGAUAUUGGGGAAGCUCUGAAGGUAUUGAAGAGGCUCUGAAGGUAUUGAAGAGGCUCUGAAGAUAUUGAGGAAGCUCUGAAUGUAUUGAAGAGGCUCUGAAGAUAUUGAGGAAGCUCUGAAGGUAUUGAAGAGGCUCUGAAGAUAUUGAGGAAGCUCUGAAGAUAUUGAGGAGGCUCUGAAGAUAUUGAGGAAGCUCUGAAGGUAUUGAAGAGGCUCUGAAGAGAUUCCUCUUUGCUGUCGACAGUCCCGGGGAGGAUUUUCCAGCAUGCCAGGGGCAGGAGAGGGGAAGGAGGAUGAGGAGCUGGAGGAUGAGGAGCUGGAGGAUGAAGAGCUGGAGGCUCCGGAGGCUCCGUCAGCUGGGAAGAGCCGAGGCUCAGGAGCAGCAGGAGCAGGGUGGGCAUGGGGAGUGGUGUUCCACUUCUUCCUGGUCAAUGUGCUCGUGAUGGGGAUGCUCAAGACCUUUGGGAUUUUCUUCGUGGCUUUCCGAGAGGAGAUGGGGGGAUCCUCAGAGCAGCUCAGCUGGAUCGGCUCCAUCAUGUCCUCGCUGCGCUUCCUGGGAGCCCCGCUGGUGUCCGUGCUGUGCUGCCGCCUGGGAGAGCGGCCGAUCUCCAUCCUCGGCGCUGGGCUGGUGGCUGGGGGCUGCCUGCUCAGCACCCAGGCCACCAGUGUCCCCUUCCUCUGCUUCUCCAUGGGCUUCCUGCUGGGGCUGGGCUUUGCCUGUCUGUACCAGGCCGCUGCAGUGGUCACAGCCAAGCGCUGCCGGGCUCGCCUGGGGCUCAGCAAUGCCCUGGCCCGCUCGGGCAUGGGGCUGACCUUCCUCAUGGCCCCCUUCACCCAGCUGCUCAUCGAGGCCUAUGGAUGGCAAGGUACUCUGCUGAUUUUUGGAGGUAUCAUGCUGAACCUGGUGCCCUCCAGCAUGCUGCUGUGGCCUGCCAGCCCCCAUCUGCCUCAGAAAUCUGCCAAAAAUCAACACCAGGGGUCUCCAGGGGCAGAGAAGGAUCCAGAAACUCCUGGUGGGUGUUCAGAUGGAAGCACCCAGAGGGAAUUUCAGCUUCUCCAUGCACAGGAGAGACUGGUGGUGCCUCAUGGCAGAGAUGUCUCAGAGCCAGCAGAUCCAUCUGCCUUGGGAGAGCUGCAGAAACCCAGCCUGGAGAGCUCCUGCUCAGAAACCCUCACCAAGGCCAGGAGAAGCCACCAAACCCCUGCAGCCACCACAAAGGAACCUCCUCAGCCUCUGCUGGACUUCUCCCCGCUGAAGGAUCCCGUUUUCUACAUCUUCACCUGGUCCUUCCUCUUCAGCCACCUGGCCUAUUUCGUGCCCUUCUUCCACCUGGUGGCCAGAGCCAGGACCUUGGGCUUGAGCAGCAGGGAUGGCUCCUACCUCAUCGCCGUGGCUGGCAUCACGGAGAUGCUGAGCCAGCUGCUCUCGGGCUGGGUGGCCGACCACAACUGGACCAAGAAGUACCAUUUCCAUGUCACCUACCUGCUCCUGAGCGGGGCCACCAACCUGCUGGGGCCGCUGGCCACCUCCUUCCCCCUGCUGCUGGCCUACACCGUGGCCCUGGCCACCUUCUGUGGGGGCUUCAUGGCCCUGGUGCUGCCCGUGCUGGUGGAUCUGGUGGGUGUGGAGAAGCUCCACAGCAACCUGGGCUUUGCUGCUUUCUUUGCAGGGAUAGCAGCCAUGGGAGGACCCCCUCUAGCAGGGUGGCUCUAUGACUACACCCAGACCUACGCCUGCUCCUUCCUCUUUGCUGGAGCCUGUGCUCUCAUCUCACCCCUUUCCUUCUUCUUCGAGCCUGCAGCCCAAAAAUGGAAGCUAAAAAAAGCCAAUUUGAACAAAAACUGAAGUUUUAAAGGCUGGGCUUUGAUCAUAUCUACGUGGGAAAGCCAUUGCCUGAACUGGGAAGGAUCGACAGCAGCAACACUGAAAAUACCAGAAUAUUCCAAAAGAAUUGGAAUUUUUGGAUGUCAGAUUCAGUCUGGAUAGCUGGAUAUUUGUGCUGAUUAAAGCCAGCUGAGAAAUGCACAGUGUGAAGUGUAUGGGGGGAGUGCAGCCCAUGGUGGUGCCUCUGCUCCUGAGCUGGGUUUUUGUGCCUCUCAGAUUGAAUCCUCAGCUCUGUCCUGACUCACUCACCUGGUGGCAUGAGCAGCUCCCAGUGCCAGAGAUUCCAGCUCAUUUCUGCUCACUGGCCCUGGGGAGGGAUGAGGGCAGGGGCAGGGAGGGCAGGGAGAUCCUUCCUUCCAUGAGGAUCCUGCAGGAGCUCCUCUCUCUGGGGCAAGGAUGCUGCAGUGGGGCCACUCCACAUCCCAGCACAGUCAUUGCCACAGCACACAAGACCUGGGGGCAAAACCAGUUUGAAUUAAAGCCAGAUAAUAUAAAUAAUAUAAUAAUAUAAUAUAAACCACAACACAGCAAAGUCAGAGACCAAACCCACCCUCCCCAGCUUCCCAACCCUCCAGAGACUCCUGUCAUGGACAUAUUUUAUGAAAAAUCCUUUUACUAGGAUCUUUUCUCCCGAGAAGCCUCAGAGGAAAACAAAAACAAUAAUUAUCUGCUGCUGUGGAAUGCAACAGGUGAAUCCUUGAUUGGUCUUAUGUGGCUGUUUUUAAUUAAUGGCCAAUCACAGUCCAGCUGGCUCAGACUCUGGUCAGUCACAAGAUUUUAUUAUCAUUUCAUUCCUUUCUAUUCCUUUCAAGCCUUCUGAUGAAAUCCUUUCUUCUAUUCUUUAGCAUAGUUUUAGUAGAUCAUUUUCUUUUAAUAUAAUAUAUAUAAUAAAAUAAUAAAUCAGCCUUCUGAAA